CGCAGCCCCCAGAAAAGGAAGAAUUGCCGGGGGGGGGCGGAAUCGAAGGAUUAAGAGACGCCAAGUUUCAGCAGCAGCUGUGGCUCAGCGAAGGCGGGGCCAGAUGACAUCUCUCCUCUUGCUUUGCCUGGGCAAGGUAAAGUGGACGGAGUGAGCCAGUAGGAGGGGAGAGGGAGAGAAGGGGCGCCGAAAGAGAAGCGGGACUCGGAGCGAGGAUUAGCGGGAGAAUCCACCUGAACUCCCCGAGGGAAGCAGAGCAGCGCAGAGGACUUCCACGCUGUUAGCCCAGUCGGGAGACAGCUUCUCCCCGUUCGUUUCCCGUGCCAGCCAAGGCGAUGUGGACUUAGCCCAAGGAAAGACAAAAAGGAUCCUAAGCCGAAGGGAUAACGAGAGGGAGGAGGAGGAGGAGGAGGAAGGUCCAGGAGAGGGGAGGGGAGAGACCAGCCCUUUGCUCCGCUCCCUGCCCCCGCCCCCCAGAGCAGCGGAACAAACCUACCAAGGCAGAGCCCUCCAGUUCUUGUCAUCCCCUUAGCAGUUAGCCGCCUUUGAUGCCAUGGGGAACAGUUUCUCCAGCAUCCCCGCGCUGCCUAGGGGCAACCCCAACCGCUUCCACAGGGCCCAUCAUCAACAUCUCAAAGAUUCCAUUGGUGGGCCCUUUCCUUCUUCCUCUCAUCGAUGCCACCACAAGCAAAAACACUGUCUACCCAUCUCACAGUGUGGGACACUCUCAGUCAGCCCACUGCUUUUCCACCCUCACACCAAGGGGUCACAGAUCAUCAUGGAUACCGCCCAGAAAGUGGUCAAGCGACAGGCAAGUUUCUGCAAUGCCAUCACCUUCAGCAACAGGCCAAUAGUAAUCUACGAGCAAAUCAGGCUUAAGAUCACAAAGAAGCAGUGUUGUUGGAGCGGAGCUCUUCGACUUGGAUUUACAUCCAAAGAUCCCUCUAGGAUUAACCCAGAAACUCUGCCCAAGUAUGCAUGCCCAGAUCUGGUUUCUCAAAGCGGAUUCUGGGCUAAGGCCCUUCCAGAAGAGUUUGCAAAUGAAGGAAAUAUCAUAGCAUUCUGGGUGGAUAAAAAGGGACGUGUAUUUUAUCGCGUUAAUGAUUCUGCUGCCAUGUUGUUCUUCAGUGGGGUAAGGACAACUGAACCACUGUGGGCUUUGAUUGAUGUGUAUGGACUCACUCGUGGAGUGCAACUAUUAGAUAGUGAAAUUAUUCCUCCUGAUUGCCUCCGUCCAAGAUCGUUCACAGCUAUCCGCCGACCCUCAUUGCGCAGAGAAACUGAGGAUACUCGUCUGUCUGUGAGCCUUUGUGAUCUCAACUUACAGGAGGACAAUUUCCAUGUCAUGACUGCCAUGUGUCCUAUUCCACAGAAUUCCCUCAACUCUCAGCAUUCCCACCUCCUCCCAUCUCAGCUUGAAAGUGACCUCCGCUUCCAUCAGCUCAGGGGAGCCCAUAUUAAAAUUCUGGAUGACCAGACUGUGGCCCGUCUGGAGCAUGCUCGAGAAGAGAGAACUUUGGUUUUCACAAGCAGGCCACUUAGAAUCAAUGAGACUAUAUUUGUCAAAAUCAAUAAAUCCAACACUUCACGUACUGGGACACUGUCAUAUGGGGUAACUACUUGUGAUCCUAGCACCCUGAGACCCAGUGACCUUCCUUAUAAUCCAGAGUCUUUAGUUGAUCGAAAAGAGUUCUGGGCUGUCUGUAGAGUGUUGGUGCCUCUCCAGAGUGGAGACAUCUUGGGAUUCAUGGUGAAUUCAGAAGGUGAACUGCACUUGAGUCACAAUGGAGCAAGUGCAGGCAUGCAAGUAUGCGUGGAUUGUUCCCAACCAUUAUGGAUGUUUUUUGGUUUACAUGGAGCAGUGAUGCAAAUUCGUGUCCUGGGUUCUACUCUCAUGGCUGAACACCUGGGGCCAUCAGCACCAAGCUCACCCAUCUCAUCUCCCAAUUCACCUUCCAUCCUCUGCAAUGGUGUUUCUGAUCCCAUCCUAUGUAUAUCUGGUUCUGGCCCACUUGGCAGCUCAGUCAGUGGUACAGCUCCAAAUUCUCCGAUCAGCAUGCCAGAAUCCCCUCUUUCCCCUUCCGUCUCAGGAUCUUGGAAUGAUGAAUGUACUAUCUGCUAUGAGAACAUGGUGGACACUGUGAUUUACUCCUGUGGACAUAUGUGUCUGUGUUACACAUGUGGGCUCAAACUCAAGAAGAUGGCCAAUGCCUGUUGUCCUAUCUGUAGACGUGCCAUCAAGGACAUCAUCAAAACCUAUCGCAGCACUUAAAGUUGCAUGACAGAAGGGUAGGAACUAGGAAGAGGAUUUUCAUAAAACUUAACCAGGACAAGGAUGGUGGGAAGAAGUGGUCCCCCACUUUAAAUAUGUAGCUAAUUCUGAAUGUUCUUAACUGUGGGCACAGCCUCCCCCCAUCUGAAAUUUGAGGGCUAAAAAUGUCAUCAUUCCUUGGCAUCUAGCAAAGAGCUCCUAUCAACAUUUAAUAUGUGUAGCCAGCAAGAAAGGCUGGAUUUCAUGUCUCCCUUUCUCUGGCUGCCCUAUUGCAUUUUCCCUAUUCUUUCUUCCUAGUUGGAUGUUACAAGGAUCAAAUGAGAAAACAAUGUGAAAUAAGCAGAUUUUCAUGUUAACAGAACUAAUUGAAUACUUGGAAACAAGAGGAGUAGAAUAAGGACAAAUCAUUUCUGUGCUGAAACUACCUUGAAGGGCAAGAGAGCCUCACAUAGGAUUUUCUUCCCUGUUUUCCUAAUCAUAUCAAUGGCUGCUACAUCCCCCAAGUAAUUAUAAUGCAGCAGAUGCUGCUACUAAGGAAGACUGUGCUUGGACAGGUUCUUCUAUGUUGUGCUGUGCACAAAGGGCCAGCAGCUAACCAUUGACUUAGCUUCUACUUUCUGUAACUGUUCUCUUACUUCUCCUAGUUUCUCAAGACAGCAGCUGUUCAUAUCUCAUAAGCAUGAUAUCACUUCUUUCUUUGGUGGCUUUCCUCUUUUGCUUUUGCUUUCCAAAGU